GAAUCAACAAACAACUGCUAUGGCUCUUGCGGUCUCCUGUAUCACAAAAUUAAGUUGAACUUCACCAACAAAGCAGACUUUGGUAUCUCCUCUCUUACCUGAUGUUACCUGAGAUAAAGUACCUUGCGAUUUAAACUUUCAAGGUACCACUUGAUAUGUAAUUUGUUUUCCAGCACCAGCUGCUACAGAUACAAUGCCAGUGGGAAAAAAGGCAAUUAAGAAAAAAGCAAUAGGAAAGAAGAGUGCCAAAAAAGGAUUGAAGGGUCUACAGAGUAUUGCAGAUCUUCUGAAGUCAGUCAGGCACCAAUAUGAAGUGAAAUGUAAGGAUUUCAAUAGUUAUGUGCAUCCAGAUGUGAAGAAACUUAUCAACCAGUAUGCUGAAAGUAACUCUCUUUUGGCAAAGUUUAUUUUAACCCCAGGUCCAACAGAUGAAAUACCUGUAAAAGUCUCACCACUUGUGGCAGCUAUAAGGAGUAAUCGAUAUGUUCAUGUCAAAGAGAUCUAUAUCUGGGAUGUACCAAUGAAACACGAGGAUAUUGCUACGCUGGCAUUGCUUUUGGAGCAAUCUAUUUAUCCCAUUCAAUACCUGGAACUUUUGGAGUGUGGUAUCAAUAGCUAUGGAGUAGACAGGCUAGCAAGGUCCAUUUGUAUGAGCAAUCUGACUGCUCUGGUGCUUGAUUAUAACAAAUUUGGUGACUCUGGCUGCAGUGGUCUUUGUAGAGGUCUCUAUGGUAAUAAAACACUAUUGCGUCUCAGCCUAUGUUAUUGUAAUCUUGGUUCUCAAAGUGGGGAGCUCCUUGGAAAAACAAUUUCCAACACAGCCAUAAGAGAUGUCUAUCUUGAUGGCAAUUUUCUGGAGUGUGAAGGGGUGAUCGAACUUAUAAAGCUCUUUGCCGACACAGCAGAAAUGGAAGCUAUUGAGCGUGCUGAAAAAAAGGAAGGGAAAAUUCCUGAAUCAAAUACAUUAACUGUACCAAGUGUGGCAUCAGCUAUGUCGUCAGUGUCAAGACCAACAUCUUCAGUUGCCAUUAGAAGCAAACCUGGAAGUGCGAGGUCUCAAAUGUCUUCUACAGGCAAGAUUGGAAAGAAAGGGAAAAAGAAGAAAAGUGCAAGGAAGAAAAAAGAGCCUCCUCCCCCACCACCAGUGGGCCCUUGGAUUCAGAAACUUCACUUGCUGAACAAUGGCAUUGAUGCAUAUGGGCUGGGUUCCACUCUUGGGCCUGUCAUGUGUAUGAAAAUGUUCAGAAAACUGAUAACACACUCUGAAAGCUUACAAGAACUCGAUCUAGAUGAUAAUGCUAUUGGUGACCUGGGUGGAAGAGAGAUCCUCGAGGCUCUCAUGGAUAGAAAGGAAGGUGGAUUGAAUGCUAUGAAAAUAAAUGUAUCACACAGAAUAAAUUCUUCAACUUUUGCUGCAAUUAACAAGCUUGGCUCAGGUCUCAAGAAAAAAGGGAAAAAAAAGAAAGGAAAACCAGGAAAGAAACGAAUUUAGAGUGAAGAAGUGCUUCUUGGGAAUCAGUUGAGUGAUGUUAAUGAAGAAUGCCAAGUUAAUACUUGUGAAGUCUUAAUAAUGUUGUGUGAAUAGGAACAACUUGUAAAUUGAUGUCACUUACCGACAAAUUUUUCAAUAAAUUUUUAACUACUUUUCAGGUUCUGUUUAUUGCAGAAAAAAGCGAAAGAUUAUACCUGGAUAUAAGAAUUAAAAUAAUUGAAAUUUCUAGAGAGUUUUGGCAAACAAACCAAGAACUAAUAUUGUACCAUAUAGGGAUGAGCAGUUCUAUGUGGUAAUUUAUAUCAUGCUUGAAAUUUGCUCUAAAAGAUUACUAUACUUGUCCAAAGGUACUUUACAAAUCUACCAAUAGACUGUUAAAUAAUUCAUCUGGAUUCCCUAAGGCCACCAAGUUGUUGGCUUAAGCACUCCACUGACCAUUAAGUUACAUUUUAAGGCGAGUGUUAAAAACAUUGUAUUUGGGAGGGGGUUCUAUUGACAUGGAAACACUUGCUUGCUAGAUUCUUUGCAAGUCUCACGCUCAAGUUACCCUGUCCAAUGAAAAUGUAGGGAGCUUAACGUCAAGGUUAGAACUGCGCAUCUAGCCCAGUCAAUGACCUAUUCGUGGGUUGGUAGCAAACAGCUCUCUUCCUAAAGCUCAAGGGUGGGGAGGGUAGUUUUUGGACCGCUAGAAUUGGCCCUUAGGCUGGAAGGAGUUUUCUACUCAUCCCGGUGGCGCCCUGUUUUGCCGGAUUGGUAGUCAGGAGGGUGGUUGAGGGUCAAAAGCAUUGGUGUGAGGAGGGGGCUCAAUUGACAUUGCAAACACCUUGUUAGUUUUUUAGUUGAAAGCCACUAUCUCCUGCCUAGCUGCCUGAAAUGCAGGGCUAGCAUCUUAGUGGAGCUUAUGGACAAGUCUACUUUAGGGUGGGCUGCCGAAUGCCUGUCUUUAAAGCUUUAUGGCAGAGACUGUAUCCGUUAGUCUGGUCAGUCAACUUUGGUUUGCUUCUCACUCUACAGAGGCUCCUAGGGAGAGGCCACUCUUACUUCUUAAGACAUUUUUACAAGAAAUUAAAAGGUAUAUUUUUUCAAUAUAUAUUUUCAAAUUGCAACUUUUAUGAAAACGGGUAUAUAUCUAUCAUACAUAUACCUGUUUUCAAGAACGUCGCAAAUUUGAAAAUAUAUACUAAACAUAUAUACCUUUUGUCUUCUCAUCAAAACCAGUCACUUUGACGAGGAAAGGAAAUACGUUUUUAAUAUAUAUUUUCAAACUGGCAACGUUUUUGGAAAACAGGUGUGUGUAAUGAUAUAUAUCUUUUUAGUAAAGGGGUAAGUUUCCAAACAAACUGUGGUGCUGCGGCGGUGGCCACCGUAACGGAUUUCAAAGCUGGUUAAAAUGUUCUAAUUGGUUAAACUGAUUUAUAUGGAACUAGAUAAAAUGGUUUAACCGGUAAAAAUGUUCCAGCUAGAAUGGUCCAAGUAAAUAAAUUGGUUCAUAGGUAGAUAAAAUGGUUCAACCAAUUAAAAAUGUCUUAACUGGA